GAAUUUACUAUAUCUGGUCUCCCCGGACCCUGCAUUCACUAUAUCUGGUCUCCCAGGACCCUGCUAUAUCUGGUCUCACUAUAUCUGGUCUCCCCGGACCCUGAAUUUACUAUAUCUGGUCUCCCCGGACCCUCUCCCCGGACCCUGAAUUUACUAUAUCUGGUCUCCCCGGACCCUGCAUUCACUAUAUCUGGUCUCCCAGGACCCUGCAUUCACUAUAUCUGGUCUCCCCGGACCCUGCAUUCACUAAUCUGGUUACUAUAUCUGGUCUCCCCGGACCCUGCAUUCACUAUAUCUGGUCUCCCCGGACCCUGCAUUCACUAUAUCUGGUCUCCCCGGACCCUGCAUUCACUAUAUCUGGUCUCCCCGGACCCUGAAUUUACUAUAUCUGGUCUCCCCGGACCCUGCAUUCACUAUAUCUGGUCUCCCACAGUACACAGAACAUGGAAAUUGCAAUUAUUUUAGUAAAUAUAAACUGCUAAAUACCUUUUUAUCAUCAGCAGUUAGAGCAGUCUUGUGACUUCUAUCAGUGUCCAGCCGAGCACAUGUUAAAGAUUGUAGGAGGAGUUUUCAUUCUGCUCUAGGAAUAUGCACAACCCCUGACCUCUGUCUGGACAGUGCUGAUUGUCCCUUUGCUGAUCACAUGCACUCUGCCAAGGGAAAAAAAAAAAAAAAAACCCCCUCCAGCAAUACACACCAAGCUGAGAAUGUGCAGAGUGGCUCCAUACGAUAUAUCUUAUAAGGAGAUAAGAGG